UCUGAGAUGCAACCUAAAGCCUUUAAUGCGUAUUCAAUGUAUAUAUACAUAUCUCGAUGAACUUCACCACGAUCCUCCGGAUUUCCUCCCCGCUAGGAGAUUGGGGCGGGGUGGAUUCAAGUGCGAGACUCGUCACUGGUAGCGCCACUAUAUAAGACUCGCUCCACAAGUGUCCACCAAACAGUCUCGCAGAGAUCGCAGUUAUCGCAGUAACUGGUUGGUGAACAGGAAGCCUGUACGUACAUACAUACAGGCAUAUGUAUAUCGGGAAUUGGGGGCAGGCCAACGCACUGCCGUGAAAGCGACAAUCAACUGCAAUUGCAACUCUCCAUUUGGCAGGGCACAAUGUCGACGCAGCAGCAGCAGUUGGACUACAUCGAGCGCAGCCUGGUGUACGAAAUCUUUAAGUAUUUCGGAUCCGGGGUGACGCUGGAGGGCCACAGAAUUGAGUGCUCCACCGGGCUGGACGGAUUCAUGUCCGCCCUGUACACGGUGCAGUUGGAUCUCGUGGCCUCCGAACGGAAGCGGACUGAGGUCGUUGUGGUCAAGUUUAUGAAGGGCUCGGAGGAAUUCCGCGAGCAGAGCAAUUCGUACAUCCAGUUCGCCAACGAGGUGUUCGCCUACGCCGAAAUUCUUCCUGCCUAUGAGCACCUGCUGCGGACGAGUCAUCUGUCCAACGAGAUGGUGUCCAAUUGGGUGCCGCGCUGCUACUUUGCCAAGUUCGGAAGGGUCAAUAGCCUUGGGACUGGUCGCGAAUCCGUUCUGGCUGUGAAGCAUCUCAAGAGCGAAGGCUACGAGCUGGGCCGUAGCCCGCGUUUGACUCUCCGCCGAGAUCAACUGGAGGCAAUGGUCGGACUGAUUGGGCCCUUUCAUGCCCUAGGAUAUGCCAUACGAUUACUGCAGCCGCAGGUUUAUGCCCGCCUGCGUUCAGGCGUGGUGGCCAUGCCCUUUGUGUCCAGCACAGGAAAAUCCGGCUUCGAUGUGGUCUAUCGUGUGGCCUUCGAUCGGUUCUACGAAUUUUACGAUCGGCAGAGGGAGCAGCUUAUAAAGGACUCAGAUGCUGGCUUGGCCGCCGCCAUCGAGCGUCUGCGCAAGAAGUAUUUUACAAAUCCCACGCAUCUGCUGGAGAGGAUUCGCACCGCGUCCUAUGCGGACGAUCAGCCGGAUAGUCACUUUGCCACAUUCCUGCAUGGAGACUACAAUCGUAGCAAUGUGUUGUUCCACUAUGGCGACGAUGGCCAAGUGGAUUCCAUUAAGACUAUUGAUUUCCAAAAGCUGCGCUUCAGCACCACGGCCAUUGACCUGAGCUUCUUUAUGUACAUGAACACGCCAUCAGAGGGCAGGGCGGAGUUCUUCGCGGAUCUCCUAAAGAAAUAUCACAAGUACAUGAGCGAAAUGCUGGAACUAGUGCUGCAUCGCAACCGGGAUGAGUUGAGUGACGAACGUGCUGAAGAGCUCCUAGCUGAUUACAGUUACGAACGCUUUGAGGCCCAUUUCAAGCGAUAUGCCUUCUACGGUGUGAUGGUCUGCAUGCACUUUAUGCCCAGGCUGCUGGGCAGCGAACCGGACUGCGCUGAACUGUCGCGUCUCCUUGAAACGGAUAUGCACGGCCAGGCAUGCUAUCAGCUGUCGCUGGACAUUGGCGGCGACGUGGCCAACGAGGAGAUCUUCAAGACUGUCCGUCAUGCAUACGAGCAUGGCUACAUGGACGAGAUAUAGAUACCACCCGCAUGCUUAUCGGUCGUUAACAAUAUCUCGGAUUUCAUAUAGAAUUUGCAGAGCUUUCUUUUCUACAUAUCAUAUUAAAUAAACCGACCGCUACAAUUACAA